UGGAGUGCUGAGUGCUCACUGCUCACUCAGUACACUGUGCAAUAUAAAUGUUAAUUUCAGCAUAUAAGGAAAAUAAUAAAUAAAAACAUAGUUAACAAUUUAAAUACUUACUUGCUUGAACUUGAAGAUGGAACUGCUCAGCAGUGUGUUGAACAAACUUAAAUUUCUAUGGUUUAAAACAAACCGGUGGCACAGAGUGAUAUUUAUAUUCGUAAUAGUGCAUUUACAAUUAUUACCUGGGGGGCAAGUUGGUUUCCAAUGCAAUGACCCUGCAUUAUCACACCCUUACACAGGAGACACUGUUACCUGGAAAUGGCUAAUGGGAGUCACCAUACUAUUACCAUUACUUGUCUUAUUACUUGUGGAGAAGCGACAAUGCAACAGAGAGUAUUCUAAGCAGCAAGCGCUGAGAUGGUACAAGGAGUAUAUGUUUGGGUUCCUCUUGAACCUCACCUUCGUGCAGACAUUGAAGCUGAUAGUGGGCUCACCUCGACCCCAUUUCUUUGACACCUGCGAUCCGAAGGAAGCUAUGUCUUGCCAAGAGUCGGAGUACGUAUCAAGUUACACCUGCACGAAGGCAUAUUGGUUAAGUCAGUCAGAUAAGAGCUUUCCCUCGGGACAUACAUCGCUAGCAGUCCAUGCUGGCGUUUUCAUAAUUUAUUAUUUAUGCCAAAGAGCGAUGGACAUGUCCGCGCGGGGAGUCCGCGCCGUUCAAACAGUAUGUGUAGCGAGUGUGUUCCUGUGUAGUGUCUCCAGGAUGUGGGAUCACCGACACCACUGGUGGGACGUGCUCGCGGGCGCCGUGAUAGCUGUGCCUUUUUUGUUGUAUACCAUAUUCAUUUUGUGCAAGAACUUUGCAUGUGGAGUACCGAAAGAUGCGGGGGCUACAGUCAAAAGUGACCAAAGUGAAUGCAUUCCAAGUAUAUAAUAAGAUAAAUACGAUCUAGUAAAUCUUAAAUAGUCAUUUGAAACCGAAAAAGUAUGCGAUUUUUUUAUAAAUGUGUUAUAACUAUUGAAAUUUCUUUUUUAAACAAAAAUAACAAAAGGUUUAUCUUGUAACUAAUGCCUUAUUUUUAGUUUAAAAUUAUUGUUAAUAUUGUAGUUAAAGUUGUUUUUUUUCUUUCGCUAUAGAUUUAGACUAAUUUUAUCGAUGGUUUUGCGUAGGUCUGAUUAUUAGGUAACUCAAUGUAUCUAUAAUUUGUAAUUUAACAAUUACUGCAAAAUAAGUAACUGUUCGUAAUAUUUUACAUCUGAUCUGCUGAAGCCUGUACAACUUGUAGUCUCAAAUCAAAUGAAAAUGGUUAACACAAAACAGGAGAACAUUGAAUAAUAGAACGAGUGUGUGCGGGCUUAGGACUUAGGUACAGUCAGCGUCAAAAAGAUGGCGUCACGAAUAUGCGAUAUAUUUGGUGCUUUAAAUGUUUUUGACCUUUAUGGUGUCCCGAUAUAUUUGACUACUUUGGAUGACGCGAUCUUAUUGGUCACUUUCGGUGAAUCGUUUUAUAUGUGGUAAAGAUGGGUGUUGCCAUGUUUUUGAAUACAUCUAUCUAUCUUUUUGACGCUGACUGUACUCAUGUCUCUACCUCUAUCAUAUCUUCGCGCUAGCUAAGAAAGGUCAUAAAAUGACUUAUUUAUGUUGUGACAUCUGUAGAUAGCAUAUAUUUUCUAUUCUAACAGUUACCUGCAAGAUAUGUAGGUACGUUCUAGUUUUUUAAUUAUUAAUGUGAUAAGUUCAGUGAUUUUCUGUAUACGUAAAUUAUUUUCGCAACUACGACGAGAGCGCAGAAGUCCGUAUAUCGGUGGCUUGUUUCUCUCUCUCGGAUCCCUUUGGGUUUAAAAAAACUUACACUACUUACUCUGAGAGACAGGGCUCUUAUUAUAUAUACAGAUGUGUUUAUAAUUAUGUUCAUUCCUCAAAUGAAAGAAUUUUAAUAAUUCUCCAGAGGUAACAUGUAUGAAUAAAAGAUACAUACAUAAAUCACUAUUUUCAAUUGCAAAUUUACUAUAGAUUAGUGUUUAAUGAGGAGUUUUGACCCACUUUUGCGCCUGUCUAUCUUAUCUAGCUUUUAAAAAUUUAUUUUUGCCUAUGAGGACAACUAGUCAUAUUUUGUGAUAUUUUUCAAGGCGGUCUUACGACGAAAACAAUGUAUUUUCAAAUAAAUUAUAGUUGAGUGAGUUUGGUAAUAUUAAUACUGAUGUAAAACUUCAAAAUAGCUUUUACUUUUUAUAUUAAAUAUUUGUGUGACAGCCCUAUUUUUGAUAUUAAAUGGUUUUGUAGUAAGAUUGAAGAUGUUUGACAUUAAUUGUCCACUGAUCUGUUUGCUUUACAAUUAAGUGCAAUAAUAAUUUAUGUAUUCUUUAUAAAGCAAUUUGAGGCAAAAAUAUAUUUUCUAUUAUUGU